GUAAAAAUUUUGUGAUUUUUGGUGUAAACGCAUAAUAUUAAGAAGACGAUAGCCUUAAAAAACAUUAAAUACGAUCUGCAAUCACAUUUGCUGUAUUAUCUAUACUUUGAAACGUGUUUCAGUGCUAUAAUUUCUGCCCACAGGCUGCGCAUAUAUUACACAAAUUAUAUGCGAAUUUCGCCACAACAAAAAUAACAACAAAUACACAACAUUUGCGACUGGCGCUCGCGUGUAUUGAGUCACACAAUUUAUAGCUGCCUAGUUUUUAGUUAAGUUUUUUUUUUCACUUAAUUUACCAACGAGAACCAUGCCGAAGCGCGGAGGCGGUAGCGGUGGUUCUCGUUAUAAUGGUGGCACUGGCAAUGGUAAUAAUGGUGGCCUCGGAUCUCGCUAUUCCUCGCUGGCCAAAGACUUUGAUGAAGUGGAAGAUCACCUGCGCCGCAAGGAUCGCAACAAGCGACGUGUCAGCUUCAAGCCGUCCAAACAGGGUGACGGUAAUAUACGCAUUGGCUUAGAUGCAGUGCAUCGUUGGGAUGAUGACGAUGACAUGGGUGAUAUCACAAAUCCACUGAAGGGUCGACAAAGUUCACGCCGUCGAGGCUCACCGAUACCGCGUGGUAAAUUUGGCAAGCUAGUGCCCAAUGUUUAUGGAUGGUAUCAAGUGACGAUACAUAAUGGCCAGACCUAUGAGAAGGAGAAAAUAUUGCGGGCCCUGCUCGCUGCGAUGUCACCACAUGUUUUCAUACCGCAAUAUUGGCGCGAGGAGCGCAACAAUGUCAUCUUCUAUACGGACGACUUUGAGCUGGCUGAGCGAAUACAGCAGCUGGGACGACAUGCCCAGCUCUCGGACGGAUUUCGGCUAAUGCCACGCGUCUGUAGCGGUAUACCGCAUGUGAAUAUCGACGAUGCAUUCAAGGAGCGCAUGAAGGUGGUUAUGGCAAAGCGCUAUAAUGCACAAACGAAGGCCUUGGAUCUGUCACGCUUCCAUGCCGAUCCCGAUCUUAAGGAAACCUUUUGCCCUCUGUUUCGAGCCAAUGUGAUGAUAGUCGCAUUGGAAAUUGUAUAUGAGAAUAUACCCGAUCUGGAGGCCAUCAAUUUGAAUGACAACUGCUUGGCCACCGUCCACACAUUCAAGGGCAUAGAGAAACGCUUGCCGAGUCUGAAGAUUCUCUAUUUGGGCGACAAUAAGAUCCAUUCCCUGACACAUCUAUUGGUCUUUCGGAACUUGCCGAUUGUCGAGCUGGUCUUGCGCAACAACCCAUUCCGUUCACGCUACAAGGAUACGCAGCAGUUUGUCAGCGAAGUACGACGCAAAUUCCCCAAGGUCACCAAAUUGGAUGGCGAGACUUUACCCCCACAAAUCGACUUCGAUCUACAGGAAUCAACUUCCCUGCCACCGAAUAAGGCCUCGUAUCUAUCCGACAGCGCUGGCGCUGAAGUAGUGCGUCAGUUUUUGGAUCAAUACUUCAAUAUAUUCGAUUCGAAUAAUCGCCAGCCCCUCUUGGAUGCAUAUCAUGAGCAGGCGAUGCUCUCAAUAUCAAUGCCCUCGGCCAGCCAGGCGGGCAGAUUGGAUAAGUUCUGGAAGUUCAAUCGUAAUUUGCGUCGCAUGGUUAAUGAUCGCGAAGAUCAGCGCACGCGUAAUCUAAAAACUGGAAGGUUGGCCUGCGUGUCAGCAUUGGAUGAGUGGCCGCGCACAUCGCAUGAGCGACGCACCUUCACCGUCGAUCUAACCAUUUACAAUCCCCAAAUGAUUGUAUUUACGGUCAGCGGUCUGUUCAAGGAGUUGAGCGCUAGUGCCAGCAGCACUAUAGCGGCAUCGAUGCAGGCCUACGAGUUGCGCUACUUUAUGCGCACGUUUGUGGUGGUGCCGCAGAAUAACGGUUUCUGCAUUCGCAACGAAGUGAUUUUCAUAACGACCGCCACAACCGAACAGAUGCGGGAGUUCAAACGGUCGCAGCACACCCCAGCCCCGAUCAGUUCUGCAACAAAUAUGCCCAGCACCUCGCUGCAAGGCCGCCUGCAGCCGCAAUCCCGUGGCGCCAGCAUAUUGCCGCCACCACAACCACCUCAACCACAGGCGCCAGCAACAACAACCGCUGCCAUGGCGAAUCCUGGCACGGGCGCACCGCCAGAUGAGGUCACCAAAAUGCAAAUGAUUCAGACGAUGAGCGCGCAAAGUCGAAUGAAUUUCGACUGGAGUCGCAAAUGUCUGGAGGAAACGAAUUGGGAUUAUAGCCGCGCCGCCUUUGUGUUCGAUCAGCUCUUCAAAGAGAAUAAAAUACCACCCGAGGCCUUUGUCAAGUAAAUCAAGCAAACGAACCACACCACCACAACCGCAUGCAACGCCGCGGAAGGAAGAAGGAGCAACGAUAAUGAUAACAACAACAACAAUAUUUACAAGAACUUCAACUAAAACAGUUACACAAAAACCAAACUAAUUUAAGUGUGGAACACACAUACACACACAUAUGCAUAUAUAUAUAUAUAUUUACAAUAGGUUGCUGUGCAUUUUGUAUACACACACACCCACACGCAUAUAUAUAUAUAUAUACAUACACACAGCUAUUUUAGGAAUAAUAUAGAAAACAUUGUUUGUUUACUAUUAUUCGCAAUUACUGCUAUUAUUAAACAAAUGCCUAUUUUAA